AUGAGCAGCGAGACCAUCCCCGAGGAGGUCUCCUCCCUCCCCACCCAAAGCCAGCAUUACUUCGACCGGUUCGCAGAAGAUGACCCUGAGUACCUGCGCAUCAGGAACAUGGCUGCCGACCUGCGCCAAGACUUCAACCUGAUGGAGCAGAAGAAAAGGGUCACCAUGAUUCUGCAAAGCCCUGUGAGUAUCACCCACCUCAGUGGCGCAAGCCAGAUUUGACGGGCGGGGGGACAUUGUGCAGCAAGGCAAGAGCCAUUCCCCUCAGGAACAGCAGGGCUCAGCUUGAGCCGGUGAGCAUGUCUGACCUUGAGGCAGGGCCACAUGACCUGCUCUGGGCUACAGGCAGGGCCAGAUUUAGGUUUGAUGAGGCCCUAAGCUACUGAAGGUAUUGGGGCCCUUUAUAUGUCCAACUGUCCUUUGUCAACAACAAAUUGUCACUGUUUUUUGUGUUGAAUAUAUGCUAUAUGGUAAUUUAUGGACCUAAUAGGAUCUAAAGCCAUUUGCACAUAACAAAAUAUGCAUUUUAUCAAAGUAAUUCUUUACAUUCUUUUGUUCAAACUUUCCUCCUGUGCUUGAUUCAGGACCUGUGCAUAUUUGGGUCUACUAGCUGAUCUCCUGAGUGAUUUGCAGUUGAUCAAUAAGGGUUUCUGACUCCUGGCAAUAGGAAAGCCCGCCCCCCUUACCACACACACGGCUAUGGAAACCAAUAAAUGUUACAAUUCCACUUCUCAUUUCCCCAAAUUAUGUGGGUACCUUAAAGAUUAACAAUGAUCCCAGCGCUGUGAAGUUAAUUAACAGCUGCAGUGGGAUAGAAAGCCAUUACUGUGAUUGAAUCCAGAGUCCUUCAGUGGUUCAGGGAUGAUUCAUCCCAUUGCACCAUUUGAGGUGAAACAGGAAAAGCUACGCUGCCCUGCCGCCAAAGCAUCCCUUGCCUAGCUGAGCAGAGGUUGGUUCUGGCGAGAUCUUGCGGGACGUGGGUGAGAUCUCACAAGAUCUUGCCCAAAAAACAGUGGCACCACUUCUCAUGGAUGGGUCUGCCCUGCAGUGGUUUUACAAUGAAGUCUCCCUUUAUUGUAAGACAGACCACUUUCGGACCAGCCAGAGAGUCUUCCUGGGUAGAUGAAAGGGUCUCUCUCUGGUUCUUGAAUAUCCAAAUGAAUGAAGUGGUCAUUCUUGAGCAAACGAAUGUCAGAGUUUGAAGGGUACAGAGGAGGAGGAGGAGGAGGACUCAGAGCUGCUGCAGCCUGGAUCAUUCAGGGUCUCUGUGGGUUUCCCCCACCCCAGUCUUUCAGGGAGGAGCUGGAGAGCCUCAUCCAGGAGCAAAUGAAGAAAGGAAACAACUCCAAUAUCUGGGCCCUCCGGCAGAUUGCAGACUUCAUGGCCAGCACUGCCCCUUCCGUCUUCCCACCUUCACCCUUGAGUAAGUUGGCAUCCCUUGUAUGAAUGGGUCUGGUGCCAAAGCACCUUCUCCGUCUCCUGAGCCCCUUUCCUCCCCCCUCCCUCCUUUUGCCUACAAAUCUGCCUGUGCCUCACAUCAACACAAGCCUCCUGGCCACCACACAGGUGUCAUUCACACCAUUACAUCUGAAGGAAUGUCAUACCACUUUUUAAACACGUACGGCUUCCCCCAAAGAAUAUAUAUGGGGCUGAGCGUUGUGAAGAGACCCCUAUUCCCCUCCCAGAACUACAAGGCCUAGAGCGGUCUAAUAAUCAGCCCCUCUCCAUGGAGAACGGUAGCUCUGGGAGGGGAAUAGGGAAGAGGUCUCCUAACAAUGCUCAGGACCCUUAACAAACUACAGCUCCCAGAAGUUUUUUGGGGGAAGCUGUGACUGUUUAAAGUGGUGUCACAGGGGUUUAAAUGUAUGGUGUGCUCAGCCUUUGGCCCCACACUGCACCCUGGCCUGGCCACCUCCCCCCCCCCCCCCCACACUUUUCAACCUUGUUUUGAAUUUGGCGGACCCGCGCAUUGCUCUCAGCAUUCACUUCUGCAGAAACCCCCACCCACCCGACACAUGAGCCGCCAGCCCCAAAAGGGAUCCAGCUCUUCGUUCUGCAGCUACCCUCACCCCAGCCACAAUUCCUGACCGCCUUCCUCUCUCUCCAUCCUGUCCCUUGAGAUACUUGACGUCCAGUGAGGGAGGGUCUUUCUCCUGAAAUGGUAGGAGGAAGUGAUGGUUUGGCCUAGCCAAAUGGUUGUAAGGUCAGCUGAUGGGCCAGAAGGUCAGAAUUAAAUCCUGCAUUGGCUGCUCAUGCCUGUUUCCAGCCAGGAACAGGUGCCUGUAACCAAAGCAGCAGGAUUUACAGGUGAAACUCGGAAAAUUAGAAUAUCGUAGAAUAUCGUUCAUUUAUUUCAGUAAUUCAACUUAAAAGGUGAAACUAAUAUAUGAGAUAGACUCAUGACAUGCAAAGCGAGAUAUGUCAAGCCUUUAUUUGCUACAAUUGUGAUGAUCAUGGCGUACAGCUGAUGAAAACCCCAAAUUAACAAUCUCAGAAAAUUAGAAUAUUAAAUGAAAUCAGCAAAACAAGUACUGCAAAUAGAGCAAUAUUGGACCUCUGAGAAGUAGAAGCAUGCAUAUGUGCUCAGUACUUGGUUUGGGCCCCUUUUGCAUCAAUUCCUGCCUCAAUGCGGCGUGGCAUGGAUGCUAUCAGCCUGUGGCACUGCUGAGGUGUUAUGGAAGACCAGGAAGCUUCAAUAGCAGCCUUCAGCUCUUCUGCAUUGCUCGGUCUCAUGUCUCUCAUCUUUCUCUUGGCAAUGCCCCAUAGAUUCUCUAUGGGGUUCAGGUCAGGCGAGUUUGCUGGCCAUUCAAGCACAGCAAUCCCAUGGGCAUUGAACCAGGUUUUGGUACUUUGGGCAGUGUGGGCAGGUGCCAAAGUCCUGCUGGAAAAUGAAGUCAGCAUCCCCAUAAAGCUCGUCUGCGGAAGGAAGCAUGAAGUGCUCCAAAAUCUCCUGGUAUACGGCUGCGUUGACCCUGGACUUAAUGAAGCACAGUGGACCAAUACCAGCUGAUGACAUGGCUCCCCAAAUCAACACAGACUGUGGAAACUUCACACUGGACUUCAAGCAUCUGGCAUUGUGUGCCUCCCCAUUCUUCCUCCAGACUCUGGGUCCUUGGUUUCCAAAUGAGAUGCAAAAUCCAUGCCACACCGCACUGAGGCAGUAAUUUUCUAAGAUUGUUAAUUUGGGGUUUUCAUCAGCUGUAUGCCAUGAUCAUCACAAUUAUAACAAAUAAAGGCUUGACAUAUCUCGCUUUGCAUGUCAUGUGUCUAUCUCAUAUAUUAGUUUCACCUUUUAAGUUGAAUUACUGAAAUAAUGAACUUUUCCACGAUAUUCUAAUUUUCCGAGUUUCACCUGUAACUCCCUGCCCGCCAGCUGACCAGUGGGGUGGGGGUGGGGUUGAGCCCUGCUCAGUUUGACCAGAUUCCAUGCAAACGCUUUCCUGAUUCAGAAAGUCACUUGCGUCAAGUCCCCGGCUAAAUUGAAGUGGUCCCCCUCCAUUUUAGCAGGGCAUCUGAUGCCAGCCCCUUCAAGACAGAUAAAGGAAAGUCCUCCUUCACACAGCACAGAGUUAAACUAUGGAACUCACUCCCACAGGAGGCAGUGAUGGCCACCAACUUGCAUGGCUUUAAAAGAGGCCAGGGCAAAGCCAUAUCGCUAUGAGCCACAAUGGCUCUGCUCUGCUUUCAUGGUCAGAGGCAGCAAUGGGAGAACAGGAUCCUGGACUAGAUGGGCCAUUGGCCUGAUCCAGAACACUCUUCAUAUGUUCUUCCAGAUUCAUAAUUGUUUGCUAAAGCCAGAAGGGGGUCUUCAUUUCAGCAGUAUCUUAAAUGGUGCUUUGAAGUCCUGAUUUCAGAACUUCAAGGCACCUUGAAUCUGGCGUCAUUGUGACAUCAAGCAAUUUCCCACCCACCUGUCAAAUUUGGUCUGCAAGGCCUAUCUGGAUAAGAAUGUGUCCUGUGGUGUCAAAUAGAUUCCCCACCUCUGUUUCAAAUAGAAAAUUAAAUCAUCCACAAGGAAUAGAGGAAAGUGAGAGGCAAUGUGCUUUUCCAGAGCCAUGGGUGGAACAUGCAAAUGGACCGUCUCACCCAGCUCCAGCGAUGCCUUGACUGUGUUUGUUUAACCAGCUGACCCCUCCUGUGCGCUUUCUCUCCUGCAGACCUCUCCACGGUGACCCCCAUCAAUGACCUCCAGGGCAUUGACUCAACGUCCUUCGCCAAAGGGGAGAGGCUCAUGCGCUGCAAAGUCAGCAGCGUCUACCGGCUGCUGGACCUCUAUGGCUGGGCGCAGCUCAGCAGCACCUGCGUCACGGUGAGGGAUCCCUUCCCUGCCACCCACCACCCACUUUGCUCAGGGGCUCCUUCAGUGGCCAGGAAACAAGGCGCCUUGAAAUCUCCUUUUUCUUGGUCAAUGCCCACUUUAUCCCCUUUGGCUCAAGGCAACGGUGCGCCAGUUUGUUUCCAGGCCCAAGAAGGUCCUUGCAAUGAUAUUGUUGUGUGUUUGGUGGGGUCAGUUUGGAUGAUGCCCUGAGUCCCUGCUAAUUCUCCUGUACCCAGUGAGGAUUAAAAUCUAACAGGUGGUUGCCGAACUGGUCAGACAAGUUUCUUUUUAAGACAGUGACCUUAACUGUCCCAAAAGAAUGAGCUAGGGUGUAAAAGCUACAGCUAAGUGAGGUGCCCCUCCAGGCUAAGCUGCCUCUUUCCUCCACCCCCCUCACCCAGCUUCUAGGUAAGAAAACAAUAGCCAGAGUGUGUGUGAAAGGGCUGAGCUGGAAGCAGGCUGGAAGCUGGAGACACAGGGACCAGCUUGCUCUGUGCUGGAUCCAAAGCCGUGACUAAUAGAGAAGCAAGAUCUGUUGGGGUGUAAGUGCUGUGAGCCCCUCCAUCUUAUGCUCAGGUUGUAGAUGCUUGUAAAUGAAAUCAUACAUCCUAAAGACACCACAGUCUCUGCUGACCUUCCUUCCAAGGAACAUAAGUGCCUGGAACCCCUGGAGUCAGUCUUUCAACACUCAAAGAUUGUGGUGACGUGCAACAGUAUUUAAAGCCCUGAGUGGCUUAGGCCCCAAAUAUCUGAAAGAUGGUCUCUAUCUCUGCUGACCCUCUUGGAUGUUCCGCCCAGGAAAUGGCAGCUCGGGAGAGGACUUCCCCUGCGGUAGCCACUAAACCGUGGACCUCCCUCCCCAUAGAGGUGUUCUACCAUCUUCAUUGUCUAGGUUUCACCAGAUACUGACACCCUUUGCAGUUAGGGUGUGUUUUGUUUUGUUUUGUUUUUUGUUUUGUGGGACCCACCUCUUUGGCAUAAUUUACACUGUUCUGAGCUGACUGGAACAGUUUUACUUGUUUUUAUACCUGUAAUUGUUUUAUCUGUUUUUAUAACAGUAAAUUAUAUUGUCAUAAGCCAUCCUGGGAUCUUAUAGUAAGAAAUGGCAGAAAUAAACGGUGUCUUAAAGGUGGAUGAAGACUCAGGGGGAAAUAACGAAAUGAAUGGAAGAGCCUUCUGACCUUAAUUUCCCUAGGGAAGAAGGAGGCCACAGGAGCCCAAGGAAAUGAAGACGAGCUCACCAUUCUCUUCUGGUCUUCCUUUCACAGCUGAGAGUCAGCAAAGAACAGGACCACUUCCUGAUUUGCCCUGUGGGCCUUUCCUGUCCUGAAGUUACAGCUUCUAGCCUGGUGAGCACACAAGACCCCUCUUCCUCUCUCCAUUGCCAAAACUAGCUAACUUGAGGGUUUGAGCAUCUUCACGCUUAAGGCAUUAUUAAUAAAUAAGCACAACAUCUCCCUUGAGGGUCAGACAACACAUCAUGGGAGGCAUGGGCGGAGUCUUCGCCCCCAGUUCCCUUGGCAUCAUGGAGGGCAAAUGACUUGGUCAGCUGAUAGGAAUUGGAGACUAAAAUACCUGGAGGUUGGAGGAGGCAAUGUAAGCCUUAUAAACCCAAGGAAUCACCAACUGUAGAGAGGCUUGGAUGGGUGAGGUCUCUGUUUCAUAUUUUGCUGUCUGAUGUGCAAAGGAUUGCUGGGGCCGGGUGUGAAUUGAGAGGGGGUAAAAUGAGAAAGUGCAGAAUUCUGAUAAAAGGGCACACUCUGGGUCUGAAUUAAAAUGGGAAGUACCUGUCACUCUUGUGACUGAAAAUAUUUCUUCUUAGAAUGGGUAAGGUUAAGAAUUGUCUGUCCUUGGGGGAGGGUUAGGGUUAGGGUUUGAAUAUUGUCAAAAAUGUAUUUAUCAUGGCACAUGUCAACCUAGCUUGCCACCUGGUUUGGGAAAGACUGUGUCCCCUACCCCCUCUAUCCCCAAAAGGAAGCUGCCAUCCAGGCGUCACCUUUAGGGUGCAAUUCAGCACCCUAACGUCUCACCCAUCUGUGCUUCCACCUUUUCUUUUGCACUGCAGGUUAAAGUGAACAUCCUGGGAGAAGUGGUGGAGGCUGGCAGCACCAGCUUCCCAGUGGAUACCCGUAGGUUCAGCCUGCACUCUGCCAUCUAUGCAGCCAGACCAGACGUGAGAUGCAUCAUCCAUCUGCACACGCCAGCCACUGCUGCAGUAAGGAACGCUGUCCAUUCGUCUUGCUGACAGAGCAACGAGAAACAGCAGACAGAGCCUCCUGCCCAGACAUUUGGGCUCGCUCCGAGGCUGAUUUAUAGAAGAGCAUUAAGCUUGGAACAGCUUGGCCUCUCCAUCCCUCCUUGUGCACUGCAGAGACUCUGGGAGACUCUGAAUGGGAGAAGGUCUUAGGAAUAGUCAGGGGGACCCCAGUUUCACAGUAUCCAGGAUGCCCAACACUGAACCCAACAGUGCUAUCUGGAAGGCAUCGUGUAAACUAGGGCAUCUUUUGAGUUUAUUCAAAUAAGAACAUCAGAAGCGCCUGCUGGAUCAGACCAAAGGCCCAUCUAGUCCAGCAUCUUGUCCUCGCAGGGACCAACCAGACACCAUUGGGAAACCAGCAAGCAGGAUUCAAACGCAAGAGCGCUCUCCCCUCCUGUGGUUUCCAGCGAUUGCCUCCAACUGUGGAGGCAGAGUCCAGCCACCAUGGCUCGUAGCCACCAAUAGUCCUCUACUCCUCCAUGAACUUGUCCCAUCCUCUUUUAAAGCCCUCCAAGUCAUCACUUCCUCCUGUGGGAGGGAGUUCCAUAGUUUAACUAUGCACUGGCUCUGGGUUUUAGGGAGAAUACUCGCCAGCAGUACAGAGGUGGCAGGAGAAGAGAAAUGAGAAGUUUAGAGGAAACCACAAAGCAGCAAAUGAGACAGGGAAGAGGAACAGAAUUCCUGCACCUGGUUCUAUGGCCAGGAAUCAGGCAGGGUCCAGUCAAAGUCUAGGCUCAGUCAAGAUCAGGACCUUGGACAGCUUCUGAAUCAGCUAUGGAGGCUGUAGUCUCUGCAAAGAGCUAUAGCCAGCUGAAGAAGCCUUAAGUAGAUUGGCUGGUAGAUUCCACCUCCCUGAAGGAGCUGGAUGGAUAUAGGACUCUUGCACUGCUUUGCAGUCAUUGGGAAAACUGCAGGGGACUGUGACUGCUCAACAGUUUUGGGGUAAAAUCGUAAAAAAGCUAAACAACCUGGUCGGCCCUCAUGCAUGUUCACUUCAUCAAAUCUGGCCCUCUUUGAAAAAAGUUUGGGCACCCCUGUGUUAAGGGAAGGGACAGAAAAUGGCUAGAUUCCAGGCUUGUGGGUGGGUGGGAGGAGAGCAGAAACUCAUGACUCCUAUGCAACCACCAACAAGGCUCGCAACAACUUCCUAAGCAUCUGGGUGGGCUUGUCUAAACAAAAAAAUGUUUUAGCAGGCGCCCGAAAGAGUACAGUGAAGGCUGAUGUCAAUAGGGAGGGAGUUCCAAAGUGUUGGUGCUGCCACACUAAAAGAUGGCGUCCUUAGAGAUGUGGAAGGGGUAUUAUGUGGCCCCUGUAACAGUGCCAGUUCCAUUCAAAGCAGUCGAGCGGGCACAGGCGGGGUAAGGCCAUCUCACAUACAGAACAGGUCCCAAGUUGUUAAGGGCUUUAUAUGCUAAUAGUCACACCUUGAACCUGGCCUGGUAGCAAAUUGCCAACCAGUGCAGAUCUAUGAACGCACGUGUUGUAUGCUGACAAGGCCUCGAUCCUGUCAGCGAUCAUGCUGCAGCAUUGCACAUUAACUGAAACUUCCGUAUCAAGUACAAGGGAAGCCCCACAUAGAAUGCAUUGCAGUAAUCCAGCCUUGAAGUAACCAAUGAAUUACUGUGCCCAGGCUUUCCCAGUCCAGGAAUGGCCACAACUGUUGGAGCAACUGCAGUUGGUAAAAGGCACUUUUUGCCACCGGGUGCUUUUGCCUGGCUGGAAGGGGCCCUUGCACUAGGAUACCCUUCGCUUGCCUGGAAGGGGGGGAUGGAGAAAUCUCUGACUCUAGCAUGCCUGGGAUGUGACCUACGGUGCAAAGGUCAGGCCCACCUCUGUUGCCCAUCCAAGGCACAGUGUAGAUGCGUCAAUGGAAAGACAAGGGAAGGCUCUACCUGCUCAUCUUUGCCUCUCUGUCUCUGCCCUCUCUUCCUUCCCAGGUGUCUGCCAUGAAGCACGGCCUCUUGCCCAUUUCCCACGAUGCACUGCUGGCAGGGAACAUGGUGUACUUUGACUUCAACGGGGAGAUGGAGGAAGAAGCGGACAGAAUCGAGUUGCAGAAGUGUCUAGGACCCACCUGCAAGGUGAGGGUUGAGAGGUAGCAUUCAGGCUUCAGCAUCCUCUGGCACUGUGGCGCAUCAAACAGCCCUUAGGGAUUGUCCACACUGCUUGUUUGUGCCCAGAAAGCCCAGGUGCAAGAGGGUUUCUGCUUGCCCCAUGCAUUCCAGGCAGGGGUCCAAGUGGUUUUCUGUCUGUUUGCCUCACGACUUUCCCCAGGAAAACCUGCUCUUUAACACGGAACCAGAGGAAGCAUCAAUUCACAGAAAACCUGACUGAUGUUUGCUCUGAUUCAAUGGUAAAGUGCCAGUUUCCCUGGUGGGGGCAGGGGGGACGGCCGGACAUGCGGAACUGUGGAGGAGCUGGCAUUUGGGAUCUAGACCUCUGAAGUAGGGCUUAGCCAGACUUUUUGAAAUCCUCGGGCAAGAGGCAGUGUGAAAAAUUAUACAGAAUUGAGGAGCACCUAUGGCUUUCCCCAUUUUCACUGACCCUUUCUCCUUCCUUCUCUUGGCAGGUUCUAGUGUUGCGGAAUCAUGGUGUGGUGGCCUUGGGAGACACGGUGGAAGAAGCCUUCUACAAGAUCUUCCAUUUGCAGGCUGCCUGUGAAGUGCAGGUGAGCAGCAGAGCACACCCACCCACACCCUUCUUUUAGUCACCAGGCACGUUUUAUCUAAUCAUAUAAUUAUAGAGUUGGAAGGGACUCAAAGGGUCAUCUACUCCAACUGCUUGACAGCAUUAAAGGUAAAGGUAAAGGGACCCCUUACAGCAUUAGAGACACCAUUAUUAUUUCAAUUUGUGUGCCACAGAUUCUGGCGUAUUAGGCAGUUGGGCGUAUUAGACGACCCCCCCCCCAAAUUGGCAGCUUCAAUUUGGGGGUUCGUCUUAUAAGCCCAGUCGCCUAAUACACUGGGUAGCUCCACGCCGGGAGAAAGCCACCCGGCGAGGAGAAAAGCCUGCCGCCGCCGCCGCUGCUGCUUCCGAAGCAGCAGUGGACAGGCUCCACUCUGCGCCGCCCAUACCCGGCAUAUAAGACGACCCCUGACUUUUUAACCUCUUUUCUGGGGUUAAGAAGUUGUCUUAUAUGCCGGAAUCUACUGUAUGUCCUUUCUCCACGUAAGCAUGUCCAAAGCAGCCACAGUAACACCACAGGAGCAAACAUGCACAUCAGGACAUCCUCACUCUAGUCAGUCUAAUGCCAGUUCAUUUAAGUUCACAAGGUGGCAACCAACCCAGAUAAUUCAUUCUGAGAAUACUCAUGUGACAGUAUUUUAAAACCAUUCUAAAGUAAGCAAUAUCCAUUGAUAUUGAUAGUUUGUAUCAGUUACUAUUGAUAGUGUAUAUGUUAACGCAUGUUGGUUGGCUUCCACCUGUCUUGGAAACAAUGGAAGAGGACGCCUUUGGGGGUGAGGUCCAACUGUUCGAAGCUUGCAGCACCUGCUCUGACUGUAGAGACUGUUAUGGGAAAUACCUGUUUUGUUGCAGUUGGAGCAGAUGAAGGCAUCUGGUUGUGCCUUCACACACGUCACACAUAUGACACACACACGCAUACCCCUGUUAAAUUAGCAAUGGUUUAUUUCCAAUAUUAGCCACAUUCCAAGUAGAUCCCAUGGAAUUAGUGGACAUAACUGAUGUAGUUUCCUUCAUUCCUGUGCACCUACUCUGAGUAGUUCUUAGCUGGCUACAACCAAGUAGCAUCUUAGUAGCUUCAGCUGCAAUAAUUGAAUUUUUAGGCACAGGGAAAUGAUGUUUUUCUCCUACAGAAGUUGUGGUAUGGAAGGAACAUUGUGUUCCUCCUAACAUGCUGCAGAGUGAAAUUUGGCAGAGUAUGGUGGUUCCUGGCAGCUGUGAAGUCCCCAGUGAAAAUCACGCUUCUGUUCUGAACUCUCUGGGACGCUUUAGGAAAGCCUGCUUUUCUCAAGCUCAGCUUCGCAUUUGCAGCUUGGGGAUGGUAAGAGCCUUUGAAGAGGGAAAGUGCCGGUUGAACGUUGUCCUUCCCCAGCCUGGUGCCCUCCAGGCAUUUUGGAGUACAAAACCCACCAGCCCCAACAUUACAGGGCCCUGUCACCUAACCUACCUCACAGGGUUGUUGUGAUGAUAAAAUGAGGAGGGGGAGAACUAUGUCUGCCGCUCUGAGCUCCUUCAGGGAAAGGUGGGGUAUAAAUGUAACAAAUAAAUAAAUUAGCAAUUAAGCCAAGAGGGGCACUAUUUCCACUGCGGGGGGGGGAGUUUAACCCUCCAUGCUCCAGUCAUGAUCCUAAAGAAAAUCACUACCCCACUCUAUGCUGAUGAAUCUCAGAAGAAAGGGAAAACUCCCCCUCCCUUCCUCCAAGCUGGUUCCUGCUAAGAUCUGCAAAAAAAUUUAAAAAGUUGCACCCAUUUUCUUGCUUUGCAUAAUUUAAUAAUAAUAAUAAUAAUAACAUUUUAUUUAUAUCCCACCCUACCCAGCCGAAGCCGGGCUCAGAGUGGCUAACAACAGUAAAAUAAUACAGCAUUCUAAAAUCAAUUCAUUAUAAAAUCAGUUAAAAUCAAAUUGAUGGCAACCAUUCGGCUAGAGUUCUGUGAAGAAUUACCAAAGGAAGGGGCCAGGCUGUGCCUUGGCCAAAGGCCUGGUGGAACAGCUCUGUCUUGCAGGCCCUGCGGAAAGAUGUCAAGUCCCGCAGGGCCCUAGUCUCUUGUGACAGAGUGUUCCACCAGAUCGGGGCCACAGCCGAAAAAGCCCUGGCUCUGGUUGAGGCCAGCCUAACCUCCCUGUGGCCCGGGAUCUCCAAGAUGUUUUUAUUGGAAGACCGUAAAGUCCUCCGUGGGACAUACCAGAAGAGGCGGUCCCGUAGGUACGAGGGUCCUAGGCCGUAUAGGGCUUUAAAGGUUAAAACCAACACCUUAAACCUGAUCCUGUACUCCACCGGGAGCCAGUGCAGCUGGUAUAGCACCGGGUGAAUGUGAUCCCGCAGUGAGGACCCCGUAAGGAGUCUCGCCGUGGCAUUCUGCACCCGCUGGAGUUUCUGGGUCAGUCUCAAGGGUAGCCCAACAUAGAGCAAGUUACAAUAAUCCAGUCUGGAGGUGACCGUCGCGUGGAUCACAGUGGCUAGGUCAGGGCGAGAGAGGUAAGGAGCCAACUGCUUAGCUUGGCAGAGAUGAAAAAAUGCCGCCUUUGUUUUAGCUGCAAUCUGCGCCUCCAUGGAAAGGGUGGUGUCAAAGAUUACACCCAAACUCUUAACUGACGGUGCUGGCACUAAUUGCGCCCCCGCAAGAGAUGGGAGUUGCCCCCCCCAAUCCCAUAUCGUCCCGACCCAGCCAAAGGACCUCUGUCUUCGAAGGAUUUAACUUCAACCGGUUCCCACGUAACCAUCCAGCCACAGCUUCUAAACAUCUGAUCAAUGUGUCUGGGGCCGAGUCAGGAUCCAUCAACAGAUAGAGUUGGGUGUCAUCAGCAUACUGAUGGCAGCCCAGCCCAAAACUCCGGACAAGCUGGGCGAGAGGGCGCAUAAAGAUAUUGAAAAGCAUCACGGAGAGUAUUGCACCUGCUUUACUUGGUAAUGUUUACUUUUUUGCAUAGGCAGAAAGUUAAAGAAUAGAACAUCAAGCUUCAUACUCCAUAAAUUAUUCAAUUGUAUUAUUAUUUACACAGGUGGGCUUCAUCAGCUAUUUCCUCUUCUGGGGCUGUAAAAAUGUUAUCCCCAAAAGGCAACAGUCUUCCCCGGCCCUCUUCUCUGUCGUUCUGGCUCUGCCCGCCCUUGUCAGGAACUAAUAAGCUCUGCAACCCCAGGCAGGGUGGGGGUGGGGGGAGGCAGGUUGGACUUCCUGCAAUUCCUGCCUUUGAUGCUCAGUGCCAUUGUCUGCCCCUCUGAGCAUCAGCCUACUUCUUCAGCUGGAAAAAACUAGGUCAGCCAUGUGCCAAGGCCCAGCGCAUGAGCGCCGUCUGCAGGUGGAAGGGUGGCAAUGCAUGGGCUCCUUCCACACUUCCUUGAUGACCAAAGGAUGCUACUGUCUUGCCCCCCCUCCCCGCACCCUUGGGCUCCUGCUGGGGCUGCAACAAAUUGGCUCCCAACUGGUUCUCCCCGGCACUUUUUGAUCUCUGAAUUAUUCUCCAGAUAUUCUCUUGGUGCUCAGAUAUUUGGCUUGGACACCACAUGUGGAUAAAUGGCCUCUCUUGUGGUUUGCAUCUUUCCAGGUCUCAGCCUUGUCCAGUGCCGGCGGAGCAGAGAAUCUGAUAGUCCUGGAGCGAGAGAAGCACCGGCCCCAUGACGUUGGCUCUGUCCGAUGGGCCGGCAGUACCUUUGGACCCAUGCAGAAGAGCCGGCUGGGAGAGCACGAGUUUGAGGCUCUGAUGAGGAUGCUCGACAACCUGGUGCGUUUGCAAGCGCAGAUGCCACAGCGCCCAUUUUCCUGGACAUGUGUCCCAUCCUCACUUUCUCUGUCUAGUGCAGGGGAGCCUCUUCCCACCUGAGGGAUGCGUUUCCUUCUGGGGAACCUUCUGGGACCCACAUGCCAGCGGUGGGUGGGGCCAGAGGCAAAAAUGGGCAGAGCAAUUGAUGCAGAUGUUACCUUGGAACAGUCUUCUUCUUUGGCGAUCACUCAGAGCCGAGUAAGAUGGUCUUCCAUAAACACGGUUUUAACAAUGAGUCCGUAAGCAGGGUGGCUUUGACACCCCCACACUCCAGGGCAAAAGCACUCCAGGAGAGGCACAGCAGGGGGUGUGGUGGGGAGAAACCCAAGGGCCACAUAGAGUGACUUGAGGGCCACUGAGGUUUCCCACCCUGGCUUUAGCAAACCUUUCCCCAACUUAAUUCAAUGAGUUCCUGGAUGCCGUCUGCCGAAAUUGUCUAACAAUGGAUGGUUACCAUUUUAUAACUUCAAGCUGAGCAUUUGCAAGCUGCCAGAUCCCAUUAAUUAACCCAUAAAUCAGAACUGCUAUCAAUUGACUCUUGGUAGAUGUUACUGAUAGGAAAUGUGGUAAUCUCUAAGAUAGUAAAAAUACAAACGUUUUUCAUGCAUGCCAACAGCCACCAGCUCCAGAAACUGGGGUGGGCUUGGGGGACUGAAAAUCCUGCUCUACAUCAGCAGGUAGUUUCUGUGCAGAAGGCAAGUGGCCUCACAGCUUCAGCUUUUGCCUCUGUGUCAGCAUGCAGGGGAGCCUUCAGGGAAGCCUCUUUGUCCUUCCUAGGGCUACCGGACCGGCUACGCCUACCGCUAUCCGUUUGUCCAGGAGAAAACCAAGCACAAGAGUGAGGUGGAGAUCCCAGCCACGGUCACAGCCUUUGUGUUUGAGGAGGACGUAGCCCCCAUCUCAACUCUCCGGCAGCAUGCCCAGAAGCAGCAGAAGGAGAAGACCCGCUGGCUGAACACACCUAACACUUAUCUGCGGGUGAAUGUGGCCGAGGAAAGCCAAGGCAGCGCCAGCAGAACCAAAACCACCGUAAGGAGAACACCAUUCACUGCCUCUUGUCCCUGCGAAAUGCUCCACAUAAGCGAAGUGGCCACCAUUUUCCAUGCUGAAAGAAAGGCAGGGCCCUCUUCCCCCAUCCAAUUGGCUACAGCAGAAAUUUAGGGGACAGUUGGUUGGUUGGUUAGUUGGUUGGUUGACAUCUGUCUCAGGAGACAGUGGAGGAGUGCACCUUUGGAGAGUUACAGCGCCUACAGUUCCAUAGUUUAACUGUGCUGGGUGAAAAAGGACUUUCUUUUCUCUGUUCUGAAUUCAGCUUCAGUAAUGUUAUGACAGAAGGAUAAAAACUUGCUUUCUAUCCAUGCACUAUUCUAUAAACUUCUGUCAUACUCACCUUUUCCCUACACUAAAAAGUCCCCAAUACUGCAACUUUUCUUCCCAGGGGAGUCAGUCAACCCCCUUGAUAAUUUUGGCUGCCCUUUUCUGAGUCCCAUUAUUUGUGUGACAAACCUCUGUCCUCUUGCGCUGAGGCUACUCCUCCAGGUCCGUCCGUUCCCCCACCCCCAGUAGCAGCCACUGGCUGGUAUAGGAGGAUGAAACAUAUUCACUGUGGGGGAGAAUUUAAAGAUUCGAAAAGCUGUUUUAAUUCAGUCAGGCCAUUUAACUCAUUUGAAGAAAAUUUCUGCCUUGGACUAUUCAGAAAAUCAGAGGACAUACGUUUCUGUUUUCAGUGACAAUCAGGAAAUAGGUAAUAAGAGUUGUGACCUUCAGUAGUGGCAGAUUAUACAGUUCAUGAGGACUAGUCACAUGACAGCAGGGCCCACACAGUGAGGUGAGCGAGAGAAGAUGGGGGUCACAAUGAUCUGAAAAGCUCUUCUCGCUGAAUUAGGAACCUGAAUGUCUGUAGCUUUACAUAUCUGGGCUCUUUCUCAGUGUGGAUGCAAAAGCUGACUCAUCAGUUUGAAUUCAGAAGCCCCAAAUCCCAUCCUGCCUCUCAGCUUUGCAGAUCAUUUGCGGAGUUGGAAGGGACCCCAAGGAUAAUCCAGCACAACCCCUUGCAAUGCCAGAAUCUCAGCUAAGGAAUCCCUCUGUGCCCUCUCCCCACCCUUAAGAGACCUCCCUUUGCCCUUACAAUUUGCCCUUGACUUUUCAUGCUGCCCAGUGGAUGAAAGCGGACGAGGUGGAGAAAACCAGCAGUGGAACACCGAUCCGAAUUGAAAACCCAAACCAAUUUGUGCCUCUCUACACAGACCCACAAGAAGUUCUGGAAAUGAGGAAUAAGGUACAGCCGCCUCCUUCCCAUUUGCUCUUUGGACACUUUCCAUCUCUGUUGGUACGGCCUCCGUUGCUAUGGCAUCCCCAAAAUAAUCCUGGGAAUUGUGUAUUGGGGAAGAAUCCCCGCAGCCUCUCUCCCUAGCAGAAAUACAAUGGGGAGAGCUGGUGUAACGCAGCGUAGAGUCACAGAAUUGUAGGGUUGGAAGUCACCUAGUCCACCCCCUGCAAUGCGCUGGACUAGGUCAGAACUCCAGCCAGGUAUCCCAUCAGUGCUGGUAACAGGGAGCCUGGUCCUGAUCCACAGCCCCUGAUGGCACCAAGAAACUUUGCGUGUUGCUUUCUCUUCUUCAGGGGCAUUGCUUCAAUCCCACAGACCACAAACUUUCUCCUCUUUUCCUUCAUUUCCACUUGCAGAUUAGAGAACAAAACCGCCAGGACGUGAAAUCAGCCGGACCCCAGUCCCAGUUGCUCGCCAGCGUGAUAGCAGAGAAAAGCAGGAGCCCGGUACUUGUCAUUCAGGGAGCCUCCCGGUGCAAAAACCCGCAGGGAAUGUCCUGGAAUAGAAUCAUAGCAUCACUGAAUUGUAAAGUUGGGAGGAUCAUCUAGCUGCCACCCCCCAAUGGCUGUCGACUGGAGGGUGCUGGCUCCAGUGCCAUAAGCGUCAUUGGGGUGGAGACCCCAAAUCAGGCACCAUUUCUCUACCACAUUGAUCUCACCAGGCUGUUAUGAGGACAAGCAUAUUUUACUUAUUUAUUCUAUAGACAUCUGGGGGGCGGGGAUUCAAAGUAGCGCUAAGCAGAUCGCUCUGUUUGUGCAAGCUUGCCUGAUGCAACUAUCUGUCCUCUUCACCAACACCACCUCCCUGCAGUUCUGGGGUAUCUCCGGACCCCCAAAGAGUCAAUUGUGUGUGCAUGGAGGAGGAUAGCAGGAGGAAGUCCAGUUGCACUAGCGGAAGUCCUUCAUGGGCUCCUUGGCUGAAUCCCAGCACUUAAACCGCUUAAGCUCAUUUCAAAUAAUAGAGGGUUGGGGCUUUCCUGAUCUCACUGGGAAUUAAAUUUCACCCUCAAGAAUUUAGCACUGAAAAGUGUAGGAAUGGAUUUAGGCAGUAGGAGAGGAUCCUUGCUCACGUUUAUGAGAUCAGCAGAGUACCAUCCUUUGCAGCAUUUAACUUGGAAGCUAAGACAAGGUUGAUUUAACUUUCUACAGACAAGAAUCCAGGAUGCUUUAAGGCAGAUGGGAUUUUCCCUGGUAUUACUGCUUUUCUCUCCCUUAAAAAUGACCAUCACACACAUUGUUUUGAGAAGAAGUGAAAGUAGUAUUUGCUUACCUAACCUGGGUCUUGAAGCAGCAGUUUACAGUAGCAAAAUGAAGGCAGGUUUAUAACUACUAAGUUACAAAAGCACAAAAUCUAAGUUCAAAAUGUUGUCUGAGUAGUCAGCUUGGAGGCAUGAGGGAAAGAGAGAGAUGCUCAGGCAGGCAGGAAGGAAGGAUGUAGUGUUACAGCUUACUGCCAAGGCAAACGAAGGAAGAGAUGUCACAGAGUUCUCUCUAGCAAAUUUAACAGGAAAGCUCUGUGAACCUCAGCCUCUUCAUGUGCUUAUCUGACAGAAUAUGAGUUUGACUGUAAUAAUGUCCCACAAAAGGCCCCUCACUAUUACUAUUACUUUUACUAUUAUUUGCAAACGAUAUUGACAUUUUUUAAAAAAACCAAUUACAAACCAUAAAGUGUUGUCUCCCAGGACAAAUACAUGUACAAAUGUUAAGUCUUCUAUUAUCCAUAUGGCAUCAAAACAGAUUUGGAAAAUCUUUUACAUUCCAGGUUAAGCUCCCAUCCACAGGAUGUACUUCAGUCUAGAGCAUUAAGAUAAUUUCUCCAUAGCGGCUGCUAUGACUGAGGGGGAAGGGAGAUUACUGUACUGUUGUUAAUAAACAAUAUAAAUUGAGACCAUACAGAGUCAAAUGCAACUUUCCUGGCUGAUCCUUUUAUCACCCUCCAAGAGUGAGUUAAACGUUCCAUAAAUGCUAUAAUGAUGGAUGACAUUGAAAGAUAUCAGGUCCAGAAAUCUUUAAGCAACGGACGCUCCCACCACACAUGGAAGGAUGUGCCUUUAAGCAUAAGGGCAAGGGAGUACAGUGAAGUCUGGAAAGGCAUAGGGGCAUCCAGUGCCAUCUUAUAAUGACCUUUAAAGAGGCGUCCUGCCAUUUAGCCGAAAUGUUUUGCAGUGGAGGGUUAGACCAUCAUCAAUGUCCCACCUUUUUCAUGGGCCAGGACUCAAGAUGGCUUGCACAAAUUAAAGCACAGGUAAAAUAAAAUAAAAAUGCUGAAAACAUUGUUAAAAAGUAAUUAAACUCCAAUAGAAUUUAAACAAUGUAAAAAGACAAAUCUAUUAAAAUACAAAUAAUAAAAACAGGACGGUGCUAUUAAAAGUCCUUCCCUUCCCUCUCGGUAUAAACUGGUAUUCACCUGCCGGCAGAAGGACCACGAGGAGGGAGCCAGUCUAGCUUCACUAGGAAGGGAGUUCCAAAGGUUGGGAGCAGCCACUGAGAAAGGGUGGGAUCGAAGCAUGAUAGGAUUGAUCCGUGGGCCCAGGGCACCUUUCUGCUUUCCAGCCUCCAUGGUUCUGCCCGCAGGCUCCCCCCCAUAUUUACCUCAUUCUUGCCUCCCAAUGCAGUCUACAGAGAGUCACUUGGCAGACGGAGAAAUGAAGGAUGUAUCCCACAACGAGGUUCCUCCGGAGCCAGAGCCACCAAACCCUUUUAGUCAGCUGACAGACCAGGAGCUGGAGGAGUACAAGAAGGAAGUGGAAAGAAAGAAACUGGGUCUCGAUGGUAAAUAUCUUGGUUCAGGAGCACAGGGGCUGGUUGCGGCUGAGAACUAGAAACUUGAGUGGGCUGAAAGACCACAGCGCUUGCUUUGGUAUUAGCAACUAAUGACCCUUGAUAAAAUAGGGGCCACCUAAACACUCUGGGGAGAUUAGUGCUGUGUCAUCAGCUGAGAGAGAGAAGAAAGAAGCAUUAGUUGUGAAGGAGGGGAUAUGGAUGGUUCCAAGGAAUUUGUAGGUGGUGUGCUAGAGACACAGGGGUGGGGGAGAAUUUUAUUUUUUCCACAUUUAUUUUUUACCACGUGAGUUGUUUAUUACUACAGAAUCCCAUCUCACAGACAUAGCACCACAGACUUGGAGGGGACCGAGAGAUGACAUCCAAACCAACCCCUCCCCAUUCUAUAACAGGACUCUCCUUCUCACAGUCCAAAGUCCACUGCCUUGCUCUGACCCUGGAGAGAGAGAAUUAUGUAUUAUAAUACCUAUCCUAUGAUAUAGUCAUCACAGAGUGAAAAAUAGUUCAUCCCUAGGGCAGUGGCUUCCAACUCUUUUCAGGGCCACCGCUCCCUUGGUUCCGUAAACUCAUCCCCUAGUGGCAGGAAAUUCCACAGGACUGGACUGAUGGCACUAAAGGCUCAGUUACUUGCUGUUGUCAAAGGAGCCUUACCAACGCCAGGAACUACCAUCAAUGCUCCUGCAGUGACUGAGCUGGGAUCCAGGGCCUCAGGUGAUCCCUGUGAUACCCUGGACCUAAGAUGUACAGGGACCUCAAACCCAGCUUGGUAGUAGGGGAGCCGCCUGAAAUGUUGCCUUGGCUGCACAGAAUUUUGGGCUGCUGUGCUGAUGACCACAGCCCCCAGCAAGUUGUGAUGCCUCCCUUUGAACUCCCUGUCCUGGGAGAUUGAAAGACCUCCUUCUCCUUGCAAAGGAGCAAGGAGGACACCUGGCAGUCUCCUUCAGCUUUGUGUCCGAAACAGUUUAGAAACAGUGAGAUGGGGGGAUUUGCUCCCUCCUUGUGGACAUCCAGGCAUCCUGAGACAUGCUUUCUUCCAUUGUAUUCCCAUCUCCUCCCAGGUGAGAAAGACACAAGCCUGGAGGAAGAGGUGACGGCCCCUUUGGAGUCGACUGCAGACCCCACAGUCCAGAGCCCAGCCAAGCCUCCGUUAAAAAGCCCACCCAAGACUUCAGAAGGUAAGGGAAGCCUUUGCAGCGCUCUGAGAAUCAAGCACCUGCUUCUUCACACCAUGAAAGGUUAGGCUUUGGAACUCACAGCAACAAGAUGAGCUGGUGGCCACUGGAUUAGAUGCUUUUAAUAGGAUUGGAGAAAUGGGGGUGGCUAAAAACGCUGAAAGGCAGGAGCAGCCAGGCUAGCUCAUCCCACAAAAACCACUUAGAACAGUACCUAUACCUUUUGCUUCAUACCUGAGUCUAGGAUAUAUGAGACUUGCUUCUUUUUUGUUUCUUUAUAAUGGAAUUUCAGCCGGGGGUCCCUGCUAACAAGGCCUGGUACAUCUGUUUCCUCUGCACUAAUUUCUGGCAAAUGCUUGGGUGAACAAGAGAGUCUUAAAAGAUUCCCAGAUGAUGUCUUAUCGAGGGGUGGGGUGCAACUCCUGAAGGCUGGGCAGCACAGCGGAAAAGGUCCACCCCCUGGUGCCUGUAAGAUAACAAGAUGUGCAGCAGCUAGCUAAUUCUAGCAGCUACUGGCAGGGGGAGAAUUAAGGCCUGCCUUCCCUCCUGGCCCUGCUCUGGUGGGCCCUCCUUCCUUGGGUGGCCACCUGCCAGGGACUCUUUAGCUGUAAUUCCUGCAUGGCAGGGGGUUGGACUAGAUGACCCCUGGGGAACCUUCCACUCUACAAUUCUGUGAUGCUAUGAAAUCUUACCCUCCCCAGGAUGUGAUGCCCCACCCUAUUCAAGGGUGUAGUGGAAGUGUGGCCCUGAUCCGAGAGGGGCAUGGUUUCUUGUGGCUAUGGGGGGGUGUAGUGUUGUCGCUUCCGCCCUCCCCUGCAUUGUCUCAUUUGUGCCUCGUUGUGUUUGGUGUGCUUGUCUCCACACUGUCUCCUUUCUCUUUCCAUGUGUUGCUCUCAUCAAAGGAGUUCCCUCUGAUUCUGAAUACUUGUCACUUUAGUAAGUAUAGAGAGGCUGUUUUCUCAAUUUUCAGCUGCUCCCGGGGGGAGGGACGGGGUCCUCAAUCCAGCCUCCAUUUCAGCAUCUCAGGGCUGAGCAACCCUUUCAUUUUUGGAGCUGCAAACGUGUGUAAAACAUGGACUCAGUUGCAUGAUGCCAAGAGGGCCCACAGGGCAGUGGCAGGCCAUCCGCUUUGCAAGCAGAGUUUCAGGAUCCGUCCCCAAAAGCUCCAGUUAAACAGGGUCUUGGCUAAGCAUGGUUAGGAAAAGCCUCCGCCAGAAUCUCUGUCUAGAGAGGGGCAGCCAAACUGCUGGCUGGGGUUCCCUUUAAAUUUCUUUUAACUCAUUUCAAAACAGCUGCUCUGGUUGCCAGUUCGUUCCGGGGCCCCAUUUAAGCUGCUUACAUUAGUAUUUAAAGCCCUAAAUGUCUCAGACCCCAAAUAACUGAAAGACUUCCUUCCUUCCCUACAGUCCCCCUUGGGUGCUAUGAUAGGCAGAGGGGGGGCCUCCUGGUAGCUUGUCUGCCCUCGGAGGCUUGGUGGCCCAGGAGGAAAGGGCUAUCUUUGUGGUGGCCCCCAGAGGUGUGUCUGGCACCAUCAUUUAACAGUUGCCCGAGAAUGUUGAAGAUGCACCUCUUUAUUCUGGCUUCUGACACUUGAGGUGUAAGUUUUUAGGACCCACCAUUGCUUUGUGAUUGUAAGUUGUUUGGAACAGUUUUUAAUAUUAAGGUUUCAAUGUUGUAACCCACCCUGGGACCUUAGAGUUAGCGAUGGGUAAAUAAUAAUAACAAUAAUAUAGCAGGGAUGGGGGACCUGUGGCAACCAUCGUUGUAGUUUGGCCUCUUUUAUUGCAUCCUGAUGAAUGUGACGGCAGGAUUCGUGAUGAACAGCCUUUGAACUGCCUCUUGAGCAGCCUCUCUGAAUUGCCCCCGUCUCCGUUUCUGAUUCCACUCAGGGGAAGGGAAGGAGGCUUUCAUAGAGUACUGCAGCCUACAUUUGUACUGGGGAGAUGUAAUAAAUUUGUACUGAACAGAACAGAACUGAAUGUUGGACUUUGUUGCAGCUCUCAUCAUUGUUAAGACUUUUCCUAAUGGGUUAAUGGAGUAGGCCCACCCUGGAGCAGUAUAGAAACCUCUCUAUGGUUGGGGUGGCUCCCCUACAUCAUAUGCAGUCUGCUGAUUAGCAAAAAAUACAUUGUGUUUUGUGGCAUAUUGCAAAAAUAUUUAGUGUAACAUGUAGUACGGAAUAUGUACAAGAAGUGGUGUAGCAUAAGAGAUCCAGGAACAGACCAGGAAGCCCCUUCUUCUCCACCCCCAUCGUUCAGCCCGGACACUGAGGUUCAGCUCCGAGGGCCUUCUGGCGGUUCCCUCACUGUGAGAAGCGAAGUUACAGGGAACCAGGUAGUGGCGCCCGCCCUGUGGAACGCCCUCCCAUCAGAUGUCAAAGAAAUAAACAACUAUAUGGCAGCCCUGUUUAGGGAAGUUUUUAAUGACUGAUGUAUUUUUAAUCUUUUGCUGGAAGCUGCCCAGAGUGGCUGGGGAAACCCAGCCAGAUGGGCGGGGUAGAAAUAUUAUUAUUAGUAUUUUAGUAGUAUUAUAUUCAAAUCUCACAUGCGCUGGGAACUUUCUAGGUUCCUUUAGUGCUUGCCACCAUCCCUAAGCCUGAACCCCAUGCCAUCUGCAAUAUUCCUAACCCCUACCUGUGGGGUUGUUGUAAGGGUUAUAGAUAAUGUGCGCCUAUAGAUUGCACUUGGAACACUUUAAAGCUCUGUUUAACACCAAUAUGCUAUUAAACAUCUGUAGGAAAGAACUAGAGGGCUUAAUCUGAAGAGGCUGUAUGGGCUGCACGAAGGCCAAUAAGCUGAGGAAGGAUCUUGGUAAGGUGGAAGCUGUGUGGGUAAGGGUUCCUGGAUCUGAGAAAUCCCUAGAUGGCCUGUUCCGAACCAGGUAGCCUUCCCCCGAAAGGAACAGAUGUGCAGCUUGGACCGCAGCUCACUGGGCAAGCAGAAGAUCCCAGGUCCAGUCCUCAAAGGCAGCUCCUGAUAGGGCUGGGAGAGACUCCUGCUUGAAAUCCUGGACAGCUGCUGCCAGUCAGUGCAGGCAAUAGUGAGCUUGAUGGGCCAGCAGUUUGACUCAGUAUAAGGCACAUUCCUGUCUUCCUCUGUUCCUAGAUUCCAAACUGUCGACAGAGACUCUCGUGGCCUCCGCGGCUACGAGUCCCUAUGCCCAGCCCUAGCAGGCCCUCCUACCGCCCUGUGGAGACUAGCCUACCCACGGUAGUUCAUGCUUUGCUAACCUGCUGCUUGGAUUACUGCUGUGCGCUCCCUCGAAAAGUGGGGCAGAAUCCUGCUGCGCGUCCAGUAGGGUCUGAUGACACUGAUCAUGAAAGCAUUGCAGUGUCUGCAGCAGGACCAGUUCAAGAUGGCGGCACUUGGACCCAGCUGCUUGAAGAAGCGCCUCUUCUCUCUGCAGCUCCGGCCAGCCCCAGGCUUUUGCAGUCUGCAGGAGAGGCUCCAAGUGUGGAACUCUCUUCCUCUUGAGACCAGCUUGUCCCUCCCCAUCCCAACGUUCAUUCAGGCAUCCGCUCAAGGGCUCUGCUCAGGCAGGCCUUUGGAGCAGGCACCAUUUGGAUGACAUGAUGGUUCUUGCUGUACAAAGUAUUUCAGUAGUUAUUUAUGUGCUCAUUACAUUUACAACCCACCUUUUCUUCCAAGCAGCUCAAGGUGGUGUGGGUGGUUCUCCCUCUCCCCGUUUCAUACUCACAACAACCCUGUGGGGUAGGUUAGGCUGAGGGGGUAGUGAUUGGCCCAGCUUCAUGGCUGAGCUGGGAUUCGAACCCGGUUCUCCCAGGUCAGAUUCCAACACUAACCAUUGCACCACCGCUGGCUCUCCAAAGGAAAGGCAGUCAUUAUGCAUUGUAGUUCUAACUUUUGCUAAUGUUACAGUUUUAUUGUUAGCCAUUCUUAACAAUAAAAAAGUUAUUUAUUUAUUUUAAUACAGUAGUAGUAGUAGUAAUAAUAAUAAUAAAUAAUAAUAAUUGUUGCAUUUUGGUGAGGAAGCAAUAUUAGUUACUGGUGUUUGUUUUCUUGAACGCACCUUAUUUAUUCUCUCCAUCCCCUCACUCCCAAUCGUAUUGUCACCCAUCUGUUCUAGCCCUUUAUUAUUGUUUCACACACACCCCUGUGCCCCUUUCUGCAGAACAACCCCGUGAGGUAGAUCAGGAUGAGAGACAGGGACUGGCCCCAAGGUCACCCAGUGAGCCUCCUGGCUGAGCAGGUCUCUCCCGUCUAUGUCUUGCACUUGAACUACUUGUUUUGCAUCACUCCUGGUGCAAUCCAAAGACGACAUCAGUUGAAUCUUCAGCUCUCAUUUCUUGUUUCUUUUGGAAAGGUGGGAAGAAGGCGGACGGUGGCCAGGCGCCUGCCGAAGCUGACCAGAAGGCGGACGACCCAGGCACAGUGGUGGUGAACGGCAAGGACGAUGAUCAAAACAUAGAGGACCUGCUCAGCAAAGGAAUGAGCCAGAUGACCACCAACGCAGACACCGACGCCCCUAAGGACAAAACAGAGACGGUCACCAGUGGACCUGUGUCACCCGAGGGCUCCCCAUCCAAGUCUCCUUCAAAGAAGAAAAAGAAAUUCCGGGCCCCCUCCUUUCUGAAAAAGAGCAAAAAGAAAGAGAAGACAGAGUCUUGA